AUGAAUAACAUGAGAUUAUUCAAAACUCUUAAUCAGUUACAGCAGUUCCAACCACUUGGUCCACCGAUGAGAGGAAAUUUUGCAGGAGAAGCAAAUUUUGAGAUAACCAUCGACGGUUCACAAACAAGGAGAAAAAAGUUCCUAUACUCUGCGAAACUGAACAAGAUAUUUGUGGACAUCGGUGUUGAUUUUCCAUUGAAGUUUAACUGGGAUUCAAAGUAUCAAAAUAUGUUUGUCCGGGCAACGGUCAUGUUCUCAGACGCUGAUCAAGCUCAAAAGAAAGUCGAGGCCUGCUAUCAACAUUCCUUUUACUCUAAAACAGCCAACACUGCGAUCGGUCGCAACGUUCUACGUUCUGGUCGCGAGUAUGGUGUACCUAAUGUGGAAUAUUACGGAAGUCUAGAAAAUCCCGAUGCUUGGUACUCGGUACUUGUAUCUGGGAAUCCGACUCUAGAACAUCCAUAUCAGUUUGUCUGCAAGAACAGCUGUGUUUCUGGUAUCAAUCGACGGAAUAUAGAAAUAAUAUUCACUCUAGAAGAUUCUUGCGGAUUGGUGAUUGGCCGUCAGAGUGUUGGUGUAAGGGUUUGUUCGUGUCCCAGGCGGGAUAUGAAUAAAGAGGAAGACCCAGAGAAGGCCUCAAAGAGAUCAGCUCCCUCCGAACACAACCCCAGCAAGAGGAUUAAGUUAGACGUUCAACCCCAACAACAACAUGACACCGUUGUGACUCUGCCAUCGUUAUCCGUGGUCGGAAUCCCAACUGUUGUAUCCGGUCUCCGUGUAAUGCUGGGUAUGCAGGAACAGGCCCUGGCCAUAAAGACUGAUAACAACCAACCUGUAGAUGAUCUCAUCAAAUCUAUAACGGAUAUGAAGAAAUGUAUCGAUGACCUUGAAAAUAAUGUCAAGGACGAACCCUCUUAA